AUGUCUGCAAGUUUGUUUUUGGAGACUUUAAGAAGAGCCGAUCUCGAAACGUACUACCCAAAUUUUUCCACGGCCGGCAUCAACGAUUUGAGGGGUCUGGCGUCGCUCUCUUUUCAGGAUUAUGCGAUCCUCGGCGUAACAGCUAUUGAAGAUCGAAAACGCCUUUUUCAAUUAAUUCAGACGAUCAAAAGUGAAUAUCCGCAGUUGAAUGAACCUCCUAAUGUGUAUGGAUCGAAACCUGAUUUUACGUUUCCUCCACGAAAUCAGGCAAAUCCAACGUCGCUGAACCAUCAAGAGCAAAUUAUCCAGGAUCCAUCCUUAAAACGAAUUUUGCAAGGACAAGGUCGAGGUCGUUCCACCAUACCCGCCUUGACAUCUAACCGCUCUCGAAUACCAUCUCCACACAUAAGUAAUCCCAGACAACUAGUUCAGAGACCUGCUGUAAUGCAACAACAGCAAAAUGAUGCCUUUGAAGAUGGGGAGGAAGAAGAAAUACAUGUGAAUGCUUCUCCCGGUAGAAAGCUUAAUGCUUACGGAGUACCAUCCAGGCAUCAAUCAAGAAAUAGUUCAUACUCUGGUCCAAAGAGCAAUGCGCCGAGUAACUUGGAUGAUAAGAUUAGAGUUUGUGUACGUAAACGUCCUCUAAGUCAGAAAGAACUCGCAGGUAGUCAAAAAGAUAUCGCGACUGUAGUUGGAUCUAGAACAAUUCAUAUCAAUGAACCAAAGCAAAAGGUGGACUUAACUAAAUAUGUGGAGCAACACUCGUUUGUAUUUGAUGAUGUGUUCGAUUCGGAUGCUAAUAAUGAAAAAGUAUAUCAAAGAACAGCAUUACCAUUGGUUGAAUACAUUUUCCGUGGAGGAAAAGCCACAUGUUUUGCAUAUGGCCAAACAGGAAGUGGAAAGACAUACACAAUGCUUGAUGGAGCUCAUGGUCUCUACGCUUUAGCUGCUCGUGAUAUAUUCGCGUUAUUGCAGCAACCAGAUUUGAGUCAUCUUGCUGCUUACAUAGGCUUUUAUGAAAUCUACCAAGGCCAUUUAUACGAUCUUCUUAACAAAAGAAAAAAGCUGUUUGCAAGAGAAGACGGGAAAAAAAAUGUAGUGAUUGCAGGAUUACAGGAAUAUGCAAUUGAUAACGUGGAAAAUCUGAUGCAAGUUUUUGAUUAUGGCAACACGAUACGAAGCACUGGUAGUACGGGUGCAAAUGAAGAUUCUUCGCGUUCACAUGCUAUAUUACAAGUGGUCUUGAAACAUAAGAAAAACAAAAAGAAGUUUCAUGGGAAGCUAAAUUUCAUAGAUUUGGCUGGUAGUGAACGUGGAGCGGAUAGAGGCGAUUCAGAUCAAAAAACAAGGAUGGAAGGAGCGGAAAUCAAUAAGAGCUUGUUAGCUUUGAAAGAAUGUAUUCGAGCUUUAGAUCAAGACAAAAGACAUGCUCCAUUUCGCCAAAGCAAAUUAACUCAGGUGUUGAAAGAUUCUUUUGUUGGUAAGUCAAGAACCUGCAUGAUUGCAACCAUUUCUCCAAAUCAAUCAAAUAGUGAGCAUACUCUUAACACGUUGAGAUAUGCUGACAGAGUUAAGGAACUCAAGUCUGAACGGGAUCGUGCUGAAGGAGUUGCCGCUGGUCUCGAAUCAUCACACGAUCCGUCUGGAUUAAAUGAAGAACUUCGAAUAGAUUACAAUAGUGAAGAUUUACCAGGGUAUGAAGGAUACGAUGAAGAGGAGGAAGAAUAUGGAAAUUACGAUGAAGGCGAUGAUGAAGAUUCAGAAUAUGAAAUUCCAAGUGAAGAUGAAAUUAAUGGCUUAGACGAUUUAGGAGAUAUAGUGGACGAGGAACUUCCACUUGAUAUCGAGUUUGAAAAUGAACCAGAUGGUUUGGAAUCUUAUAUCAGAAAAUUAGGGAUUCAUGAUCUAGAAAAUAAUUCUCAUAGUAGAACAGCGUCAACUUUUUCAACAGUUGAAGUCAAACCAACAGAAUCGACUCAAUCUCGUGAAAAGAAAUCAUCUCUGAGAUUUACUACAAAGGAAAUCGAUGAUUUCGUGAAAAAACAUCGUCAUUCACUUCGCGACCUAAGUGACUUUGCCAAAAAAGAAACAAAACUUUUAGCUGACUUUGCUCUUGUCUUCAAUGCCAAUAAUGACAUGGGUGGUGCCCCCGAAGAUUCUGAAAAAGCAUUUGAGGAAUAUUUUGAGAAAUUGCAUGGCUUUUUAGGACAGAAAUUCGAAGUUAUUCAAGAGUUACUUCAUACUAUCGAUCAACUUUCCCAACGAUGA